CAAAUCCGAACUUUUCCUCUACUUUACUUGCUCACGAGUUUAAAAAACAAGAAACAACUCUGUUUUUUACAGGCGUUAAGAAUUAAGCGUCUAGUCGAUGGAAACGGAGGGAAUGAUAUUGCUAGGCUAUGUUUUUUUAAGGUAAAAAUUUCAAAAAUAAAUUAGAUUCCAAGGAAGGAGCCCAUCAUCCCAAGAAGUAGAACUUGGACGGAUCGUCCUUGUGUUGUGAUUGAUUCCCUCCACUACCCGCCACUUCUCUCGAUAUUAUUGUUAUUUUUUUCUCCUCUCUUUUCUCUCUCUGUGUGGGGAUUGUACGACUGUAAUGUUUAUGUAUGAAGGGAAGUAGAGUGAGGAAGGCGCCGGAAAUGGGGUUUCAGGAGCAAACGGCGUCGUCCAGACCAGGCUUCAGAGCUCGCGAUGCCAGCCCCGACUCUGUUAUCUACGCUCUCGAAUCGAGUUUCAGCCUCUUCUCCUCUUCCGCCUCCGCCAGUGUCGAGCGCUGCUCUUUUGCAUCGGAAGCCCACGACGGCGAUUCCCUCAUCUCUGAAAUCUCCCUACAUUUGGCAGAGCAUGAUGAGGAAAAACACGAGAGUUGCGGUGGUCCAGAUCCAGAUCCAAACAAAUCUACACUAAGCAACAAACACAGUCGGCUCUAUACAAAGGGAGAAAAAGCAAAAGUUCAAAAAGAUGACAGCAAUGUUGAUUUAGAUGAUGAGAAUAGAACCAUCGAUUCAGCGAGGAAUUCCUUCUCUCUUGCCCUUAAAGAGUGUCAAGAUCAUAGAUCUAGAUCUGAAGCUCAAUCCAGGAAGCUGGACAGAAGAAGACCUGCUUCAUUGGAUCUAAACAACGCCACUACAGCUUCCUCACCCCGUUUGGCGUUUGUCAAAAAGAACCCAGUAGCGUCGUCGCGCAAGACUGGGACAUUUCCAAGCCCUGGGACGCCGAAUUAUCGGCACAAUAGCUUUGGAAUGCAAAAGGGGUGGAGCUCAGAGCGAGUGCCAUUGCACAACAACGGCGGGCGAAAACUUGCUAAUAACCCUGCAUUACUGACUCUCAACAGCGGCAGAACAUUGCCAUCGAAGUGGGAAGAUGCUGAAAGGUGGAUCUUUAGUCCCGUAUCUGGAGAUGGGGUUGUGAGGAAUUCAAUUCCUCUUCCUCAACGGCGGCCAAAGUCAAAGAGUGGGCCACUUGGCCCUCCUGGUAUUGCAUACUAUUCAUUGUAUUCCCCUGCUGUUCCUGCCUAUGAAGGAGGGACUUUUGGUAAUUUCAUUACGGCAUCACCAUUUUCAGCCGGAGUGAUAUCGACAAAUGGUUUGGCGGUUCAUUCCGGUGGGCACGAAGGGGGUUUCCAUGGACAAACAGAGCCCUCCAUGGCACGCUCAGUUAGCGUUCAUGGGUGCUCUGAAAUGUUGGGUCAAUUGUCAUCUACAACAGGCUUACAAGAAGAAUCAGGUGAAAAUCUAACUACGGUCAAGGAUUCAGCAACGGAUAUUUCUCGUGUUGUUUCAAGAAGGGACAUGGCUACACAAAUGAGCCCGGAGAGUAGUGCUCGGUCGUCUCCAAAGAUGAAGCCAUCCAUCUCUGCCUCCAGUUCAUCUGCUAUGCAUAUGUUGGACCUGGGAGGUGUCACUUCUUCUAAAUUGGAGAUCAGGGAUGUGCAAGUUGAUAAUCAGGUUACCAUGACAAGAUGGUCUAAGAAACACAAAGCGCCAUUUCCAUGGAAAGACUCUUUCGAUGACAGGAGGAAGAAAGACGCCAAUGUGGUUUCUCGAUGUUCAUAUUUAGACGUUCCUAAUAUAGGAAAGAGUAUUUCAAAGGUUAAGCGGGAGGAGGCCAAAAUAACUGCGUGGGAGAAUCUACAGAAAGCAAAAGCUGAUGCAGCUAUUCGAAAACUAGAGAUGAAGCUGGAGAAGAAGAGAGCGACAUCGAUGGAUAAGAUAAUGAAUAAACUGAAAUCUGCUCAGAAGAAAGCCCAAGAAAUGAGGAGCUCUGUGAUGGAAAACCAGUCCCCCGAAGAUACCAGGACAUCUUCUAUAAAGUCGCUAUCUUUCUAUCGAACCCGUCAUAUGGGUUCACUAAGUGGUUGUUUCACCUGCCAUGCUUUCUAGUACUCCAUUCAUUCACCAAAUUCCUUGUUAUGGUCACUCUACCAGGUGACACUUCUAUCUCGGUUAGACUUAAAAUCGAAGGUGUCGUAGUAAUUUAUAGUUACUUUAAGGGGAAGAUCUGCAGACUUCAAGACUUCAAGUCACAAUCAUUCGUCGAAGUUUUCCAUUAAUGAUGAUCGAGUCGAUCAUUGACUUGUUUUGUCAGAUGGAGUUGAUAUCAACUGAUAAAUGGCAUCCCAUCCGAGAAUGUGGAUCAACGUUGUAUAGAUCAAUAGCCCGCUGCUCCUGCUGCUGCUUCCACAUGAAUGUGGUGCCGAUGCAGUUGUCUCGUGGCGUGGUUAGUUAUUCUACCGAAGACUUCAUAGCAAACUUCAUGGGAGCUGAAGUAUCAGAAGCUUUGGUAGCCAAGUUUCAUGGAGUUUUUCGUGCAGGUUUGUAACUAAAGUGAAGUAACCCUCCUCACUAUCGUUGUCCGUUGUCUCAUUUUUAACAGGUUUUUGUUUUGUACUAAAUUAUAGUUGUUAAAGGAUUGAUGUUGGUAUAUGCACAAAAGUUUAAUUCAAAGCCUGCUUUCUCUCUACAUUCUCAUCUGUUGAACAAUUGACCAAUUGAUUAUUAGUUUGGUUCUCUCCUUCA